ACAAUAGUACGUCUCUUGUGGAAAAAACCGAUUUGGAAAACUCACGAAUCUUAUAAAAAAUGGUUACGCACCCUAAGAUCCCCUCAUACAACUUUUAAUUAUGCAAAAAUGGUAAAUCGACUUUCAUUUCGGCCACAUCUUCGAUGUGGAAGAGAAAAGUAUCAAACUAGCGAGCUCAAGUAUAUCGCCAAUCAUUGUCAAAAUGUUAAAUUUAUCGAGUUUUAUUGUCUCCACGGUGUUUUUGAACCAACAAACGUAGCAAUGUUUCUUAAACUUCUUCCAGAAUUGGUUUCAUUUUCUACUGAAGAUUCAUGGCAACCUGCUUUGGACGCGACUUUACAAUCUAUAGCUGAGGGAUCAUGUCCAAAAUUAACACACCUCGAGAUUCCUGGCAAUGGUGACACAGAGCGUUGUUCUUGGAUCCUUCAACGUAUUGGAGAGCAUUGUCCUAAGAUUGUAAUGCUGAAAACUCGAUGGGAGAUCCGAAGUUCUAAAUUAGCUCAGAUAAUUGUGAAUUCUUUUCCAAAUCUUGAAACAUUGAUUUGCCGUAAUGUUAAUUAUGAUGGUUUGAAAAUUCUAUUACCUGGAUGUAGAAAACUUAAAAAUUUCGAGUUUACUUUUGCGAUAGAAUUAAAUGAUGAAAUGGCAUUGUCAAUUUCUCAAAUCUUUCCACAGUUGGAAUAUUUUAGCCUAAGAAUUUUUGGUCGAAAUAAUUUUCCACGAUUCAUGUUAUCAUGGGCUCAAAUGCAGACACAACUACGUGAAAUAGUUCUUUCUCUUGGUGAAGGGCUUACUGAUGAAUGCUUCCUUCCAAUUACGUUAUAUUGUAAUAAAUUGGAAUCGGUCACUCUUUGGUGGUGUAGCGGUUUCACGGAUUUAGCAUUUCAAUCACUAGCAUACAACCGAAACGCUGGCUUGAAACGUCUUCAAUUCUAUCAUGUUAAGGAUUUAACCGAUGUUGGUCUGAUCGCUAUUGCAGAUAAUUGUCCAAAAUUGCAAGAACUACAUUUGAUACACUGCGAGAGCUUAACGAAAGAAUCAUUGGUGAAAAUUGCUAGAGGUUGCAAAAGUCUUGUUACAUUUAAUGCAGAAUUCUGUUCGAGAAGGUACAACUGGCAAAUGACGUCAGCUUUUCUUUUCACUCUGGCAAAUCGUAACCGUGGCACACUUGAAGUCUUGAAAUUCCACGAUCGAAAUACAUGUAUAUCGGAAGUAGUAGAGUCAUACGAUAUGAACCGAUUUGAUAGCUCAUUAUUCGAUAGGUUGGCGAAACGAUGUCCAAAACUUAGAAUAUUAGAACUACACACAUAUCACCAGGAAACUAAUCCUAAU